AUGCAUCGGUUUGUCUUGGUUGCCAGGCAAGCUGCGGCAAGGCUGUGCGGCCGCGGGCCGGGGGGCAGCCGGGGCGGAAGGACGGACAUGGCUCUGCGCUGCGCCGCUUCGCUGGCGGCCGGCCGCCAGCCGCGGGGUCCCCGGCCGGAGGGGACGGUGCGCUGGAGCAGCGCUGCCAAGGCCUCCGCCGUGAAAAUCAACGAGAAGGCGAGCAGGGAGAAGAUCCUGACGCUGGAGUCAAUGAACCCGCAAGUGAAGGCGGUGGAAUACGCGGUGCGCGGCCCCAUCGUUCUGAAAGCCGGGGAGAUCGAGAAGGAGCUGCGGAAGGGAAUCAAAAAACCUUUUACUGAAGUGAUUAAAGCCAACAUUGGAGAUGCACAUGCAAUGGGACAGAGACCAAUCACCUUCCUCCGUCAGGUGGUGGCCCUGUGUACAUACCCAAACCUGUUGGACAGCCCGAGCUUUCCAGAAGAUGCCAAGAAGCGCGCCAGGCGGAUCUUGCAGGGCUGUGGAGGAAACAGCUUAGGAUCCUACACUGCCAGUCAAGGUAUAAAUUGCAUCCGUGAAGAUGUUGCUUCAUAUAUUGAAAGAAGAGAUGGAGGGGUUCCUGCAGAUCCAGAUAACAUUUAUCUCACCACUGGGGCAAGUGAUGGCAUUUCUGCAAUUUUAAAGAUCCUGAUCUCAGGAGGUGGCAAAUCCCGAACAGGAGUGAUGAUUCCUAUACCCCAGUAUCCCUUAUACUCAGCAGCCAUCUCUGAACUGGAUGCUAUCCAAGUGAACUACUAUUUGGAUGAAGAAAAUUGCUGGGCUCUAAAUGUGAAUGAACUUCGCCGUGCCUUGAAUGAAGCUAAGUCAUAUUGCAAUCCAAAAGUGCUCUGCAUCAUCAACCCUGGAAAUCCCACAGGACAGGUGCAGAACAGAAAGUGCAUUGAAGAUGUGAUACACUUUGCUUGGGAAGAGAAGCUUUUUCUUCUGGCUGAUGAGGUUUACCAGGACAAUGUGUACUCUGAAGGAUGCCAGUUUCAUUCUUUCAAAAAGAUUCUGUAUGAGAUGGGACCCGAGUACUAUAACAAUGUUGAGCUGGCCUCUUUUCACUCCACCUCUAAGGGAUACAUGGGCGAAUGUGGCUACAGAGGAGGUUACAUGGAGGUCAUAAACUUGCACCCAGAAAUUAAAGGACAGCUCGUUAAGCUGCUUUCUGUUCGCCUUUGCCCUCCAGUCUCAGGACAAGCAGCCAUGGAUAUUGUGGUGAAUCCUCCAGUACCUGGAGAAGAAUCUUAUGCACAGUUCAUAAAGGAGAAGGAAUCUGUUUUGAACAAUCUUGCCAAAAAAGCCAAACUAACAGAAGACAUGUUUAACAAGAUCCCAGGAGUUCACUGCAACCCCCUUCAAGGAGCUAUGUACGCUUUCCCACGGAUCUUUAUUCCUUCCAAAGCCAUUGAGGAGGCAAAGGCUCAUAAAAUGGCACCUGAUAUGUUCUAUUGCAUGAAACUUCUGGAAGAGACUGGAAUAUGUGUUGUACCUGGAAGUGGAUUUGGCCAGAGAGAAGGAACCUACCAUUUCAGAAUCACCAUUCUUCCUCCAGUAGAGAAGCUGAAGAUCCUACUGGAGAAAGUGAAAGACUUCCACAUAAAGUUUCUUGAAAAAUAUGCAUGA